UUGGGUGCCAAUGAAGAUGGUUGUUGCUUGAACGUGGGGCUUAAGUCUGUGUUGUGGUUGCUGCCAAGGUUGAGGUGGCUCACGGGAUGUGUUUCUACAAAUGGAAGGUUGCUGUGCAUUUGGAGAAGGGCUGGCUGAGAGGUGCACGACGGCACUUUCUAUGCAAGCGGCGAUGUCGAGGAGGAAGUGUGUGCGGCGGUAGUUUCUAUGCAGAAGAAGAAAAUAUAAAAGUGCAUCAAUGUAUAGGCCAGAAAAUUGGAAAACCUUAGAUGGAAGAAAAAAAAAAUGAAAGGAUGGCUGACUGGCGGUUUGCAGUGAAUGGGAGAGACUCUGAGAGAGAGAAAAACGAGAGCAUGAGAGUUGUGGAUAGAUAGAGUUAGUUGAUAGAAAAAUCUGAAGGGAGAAAACAACUGUAGAGGCGUGGGGAGGUGGAACUCGGGGUGGAGAGGGAUUCGGAGGUGUAAAAAAAAAAAACUGAAAGGGAAGAUAUAAGAGAAGUAACCGACGGGUCAAGAAAAAUUUUUAAAAGGGGGGAAGCUUACCCAAAACGGCGUCGAUUUCUGUUGAAGGCUAGGCUUCCAUCUGGUCUGGGCUUGGGUUCUGGGUAUUACACCAAUAGUGGGCGAUUCCAAGUUGCAGGUUCGAAAUUUAUGUGAUGGGGCGGUUUGGAAUUCUAUUUGGCUUCGGGAACUGGUUGAUGAUGAUAUGGUUCAGAAAAUUAUCCAAGCGAGGGAGCGUGUUUGAGAGUGGGAUGAUGUCCUGGUUUGGAAGCACAUGUGCUUUGUGAUGGGGAGGGGCCGAGGAAGGUUUGGGAGUUUUUUGCAUUCGAUUACCACUAACUCGAGUAUGGACUGGGGUAUUAAAUGUUUGGUGGUGUCGUGCUUCUUCUUCCUCAAAAGUUCGUUGGCUUCAUGGUAUAAUUCCUCUUCUUAUUUCUUGGGCUCUUUGGAGAGCUCGUUGUGCGGCACGUAUGGAAGAUAUGAAACAUGACUGAAAGGGUAUUAUUCGGAUGGUCAAAGGAUUUAUUCUGGACAUUUCAAAUUCCAUGCAAAAGUUCAAAUUUGGGGUCGCAUGCCUUGGUGGUGUUGAGGGAACUAAACUGUCCAGUUGUGCCUGUUGCAGUGCAAGUGCCGAAGUUGAUUGCUUGGUCUCCACCGGCAGUGGAGUUGUCUAAACUCAAUGUUGAUGGUGGUUCGCUUGGUAACCCAGGGAUGUCUGGCAGGGGAGGUAUUGUUCGGAAUGCGCAGGGUCAGGUACUUGGAGGGUUUUGCUCAUUGCUAUGGACAAGCUACCAACACAAUUGCUAAAUGCCGAGCCUUUCUACUCUUCCAUCCUGUUCUAGAUCUACAUUUCGACCGGCAGAGAAUCUCUACUCAAUCGGCAGCUGGAUAUCCACCGUCACUAUUGUCGAUGUCCACCAUCUCAUCCAGUUCUGCAACGACGUAUUACUCAACUGAGAAUGAGGCUUCUCAUAGCCUAUGUCGAGCUUUGCAACGACGCCACCGUCAACGAUGUCCAAGAUUCAUCAUGUGAAAAUAGUAGAGAAAGGGAGGGUCAUUUGCCAUCAAAUGAUGAGGGUAGUAGCGACAUGGGACCCUAGCUUGGAUGGAUACUUCAAGUAUUUAGUUGAUAGCGAGCUCGUCUUCGACACUAAGGAGCACAUUGUCAAUGAAUCCAGUGACGUUGCCUACGCCUAUUUCAGAAAAAAACUGGAUUGGAAUAGUUAGAAGGUCUUUCAAAAGAUCUAUAAGGGAAUCCACAUAAAUCAAGUUUAUACGUGAUUUCCUCCUUGUAUAUAUAUUUGAAGGGAUACUCUGUUUUUAGCUAUACUUUCCUUAAAUAGCUGUUGUAUCGGUUAUGAUUGUAUAUUCCUUAAAUAGCAGUAUUCAUGUAUUAUAUAUAGAUGAAUGAUAAUGCAGAAUAUGUGAGAAGAU